AUGGAGUGGAGGACAUGGUACUUGGACGCGAUUCUUGUGCCCUUAGCUCUUGUGAUGAUGCUUUGUUACCACAUCUACUUGUGCGUCAUGGUUCGAACCCAACCCUUCUCCACCGUCCUCGGCAUCAACACUCGCGGCCGCAAGAUCUGGAUUUCUGCUAUGAUCAAGGAGAAUCAGAAAACGAACAUAUUGACCGUUCAAACACUGCGUAACAUAGAAAUGGGAGCUACACUGAUGGCUACGACCUGCGUGCUCCUCUGCGCCGGUCUAGCCGCAGUUAUAAGCAGCACUUACAGCAUCAAGAAGCCCAUAAACGACGCCGUGUAUGGUGCACAUGGAGAUAUCGCCCUAGCCGUCAAAUACGUAACGAUUCUCGCAAUCUUCAUCUUCUCCUUCUUCUCACACUCUCUCUCCAUCCGUUUCCUCAACCAAGUCGGCAUUCUCGCUAACAUCCCUAACUUAGACCCUAAUCCUUCUGGUGACUUGUUCCUCACGUCUGAGUACGUCGGCGAGUUGUUCGAAAGAGCCCUCUUGCUCAACACGGUGGGUAACAGGUUGUUCUACGCCGGACUUUCUUUGAUGCUAUGGAUCUUUGGUCCCAUCCUCGUGUUCUUGACCGUUUUGGUGAUGGUUCUUGCUCUUCAUCACCUCGAUUUCGUGCCGCGCAGCAAACGUAAAGAGAGACAACGUAAAGUGGAUUGUCGUCGCGCCUCUGAGCUUCCGAAUGGUGGUGAUGAGGAUGGUGCAUGA